CACCGUCUUACACCUUUCUCUACCUAUUGACGACGGAAAAAAAAGAAAAAGAAAAAGAAAGGCUAACAAAGGCUAGUCCGACUUCGGUUGAUGUAAUAGUAAGGGCGUUACGAACGGGCCACUAGCGACGUUCCAAACUUUAUCGUAACGUUAUCAGAUCUGACGGCACCCCGCUAUAGCUAGGUACCUACCUAGGUUACAUAAUAACAGAACAGAGCUAACGAAGGUUACUGCACGUAACCGCGACCUCUAACCUAGAAAACCCCCUAGCUUCAUGGGAAACUACCUCCUAACCUAAUCUUAUCCACAUGACUUAUACAACUCAUGGGUCCAAAGCGUAAAAGCCAACCAGAACAGCAGAGCGAAGCGUCCUCCUUGUCGCCUUCCAAACAACGCAAAGCCAAUAGUAAAGAGGAAGUGGACACUUCCGCUUCUUCUGCCUCCUCUUCCAAGCCACAAGGCCGCAACCUCCACCAUGGCUUCGAGACGUACCCGCCAUCCCGGGUGUUCCGACUAAUAGAGCCCGGCCCCGUGUUGUUAGUCACGACGGGAUCGCUAGCCGACGAGACGCACAACGUUAUGACCAUCGGCUUCCACAUGGUGAUGCAGCACGAGUCGCCGCCUCUCAUCGGCAUCUGUCUCGGGCCCUGGGACGCCUCGUUCGCCGCUCUCAAGAAGAACCGCGAGUGCGUGCUCGCUGUGCCCGACGUAGCAAUAGCCAGCACAGUCGUCGAUAUCGGGAAUUGCUCUGCCGACGACGAGGAGGAGCCCAGCGGCAAGUGGCAGCGCUUCGGGCUGGAAGCCUGUCCGGCUGCAAAGGUCAAGGCGCCGCUUGUAGGCGGCGGCGAUGUCAUUGCGAAUAUCGAGUGCGUGGUCGAAGACACUAAGAUGGUGAGCAAAUACUCCAUGUGGGUUCUAAAGCCCGUCAAGGCGUGGCUCAAUCCGGACAAGAAACCCGGAGAGGGUGGCCGCAUGUUCCAUCACCGCGGCGAUGGCACGUUCGUCAUUGAUGGCGAGGUUCUGGACUUGAAGGAUAGGAUGACCAAAUGGCAGGAAUACCAAGAUUAAAUUAUAUAUCAACGCACUCCCUAACCUUUUAUUUAGUACCGACUACCUAAGUUCGUAAUGACGAAUUGACUCUAAUCCUAAUUUUCAUUCUUCAUAAACCAUAUCCGCCUACUUCUUCUCUUCUUGCUCACUUUCAGCUGCACUGUUAGUUACGACAGUCGGAUUCUCCGAGUUCUCCGAAUUACUCUUAUCUUUUUUCUCCUCGUCCGGAGAGUUCC